UCUAAUUCAUACCAUUUUUCAUUUGAUUAGUUUUCUUCUUUUCUUUUUAUUUUUUCAGCUUUUUCACGAGCAGUGUCGUGAUUGGGUCGAUACAAAAACCGCCUACACACUCUUUACAGUAUAUCAAAGAGAGCUCGCCAUUAACAAGAGCAAAUAAAAAGAGUUUUUUUUUAAGUUUAAAACUAAUGGAACGCGCUUCUUAUUAGAUCAUAAUUUGAUGAAAUCUCGCUUAUUUUAAGCUGGUUUUGCGCUAUCUUUCUAUUUGCAGCUCUGCUCCUACAAACAAGGUUUGAACGAUGUCCCGGCCUCUGCCUCUGCAUCGAGGUGUAUCUGGAAUGCGGAACUUGAGUAACAGCAAUGAUUUUUGGGAUUCUGAAGUGAAAGAUAAAACGGAAAAGGAAGAUUUGGAUAGAAAUCGUGCUUCUGAUCAGAGCUAUUUAUCUCUCAGGUUUCCUUUUCGUUUACUUUGUCCGGAUAAUUCUCCUUCCAAAUAUGGUAUCACUGAGAAUGGUUUUGCAUCUGAUCCCUUCAGCGUUGGGAGUCCGAGAAGCCGGCAUAAGUUAACAGUGCUGUUUUUGAAGUUAAGUUUAGUUGUGAUUGUGAUUCUUGCUCUCACUGGAUCGUUUUGGUGGACACUCUCCAUUUCGACAUUGUCUAGGGGUCAUAUAUUUCAUGGUUAUAGGCGACUUCAAGAGCAGCUUGUUUUGGAUUUGUGGGAUAUAGGGGAACUUUCACUUGGUGCUUCAAGGAUGAAAGAAAUCGACUUCUGUCCCGAGGAGUCUGAGAAUCAUAUUCCUUGCUUUAACAUUUCAGAGAAUCUUGCUUUGGGUUAUUCUGACGGUAGCGAGUAUGAUCGGCAAUGUGGACAAGGCUCAAGGCAAAGUUGUUUAGUUCUUCCACCCGUGAACUAUAAAAUUCCACUUAGAUGGCCAACUGGGAGAGAUGUCAUUUGGGUUGCAAAUGUCAAAAUUACUGGUCAAGAGGUGUUCACCUCUGGCAGUUUAACCAAGAGAAUGAUGAUGCUGGAGGAAGAGCAGAUUUCAUUCCGAUCAGCAUCACUUAUGUUUGAUGGUGUGGAAGACUAUUCCCAUCAGAUUGCUGAAAUGAUUGGAUUGAGAAAUGAAUCUAACUUCAUACAAGCUGGGGUCAGAACCAUCUUGGAUAUAGGAUGUGGUUAUGGAAGCUUUGGAGCACAUCUUUUUUCCAAACAGCUCUUAACCAUGUGCAUUGCAAAUUAUGAGUCAUCAGGCAGUCAAGUCCAACUCACUCUAGAAAGGGGCCUUCCUGCAAUGAUCGGUUCUUUCAAUUCAAAACAAUUGCCAUAUCCAUCUCUUUCGUUUGAUAUGCUGCAUUGUGCACGCUGCGGUAUUGACUGGGAUGAAAAAGAUGGUAUUUUCUUGAUUGAAGUUGAUAGAGUUCUAAAGCCUGGUGGAUACUUUGUAUGGACUUCACCUCUUACAAAUGUUCAGAGUUUUCUUCGUAACAAAGAGAAGCAGAAAAGGUGGAACUUUGUUCGUGAUUUUGCAGAAAAUCUCUGCUGGGAGUUGAUGUCACAACAAGAGGAAACUGUGUUGUGGAAAAAGACCAGUAAAAAAAAUUGUUACAAUUCCAGGAAGCCUGGUUCUGGUCCUCCUAUUUGUAGCAAAGGACAAGACGUUGAAUCUCCAUAUUAUCGACCUCUGCAGAACUGUAUAGGUGGUACGCAUAGCCGCCGAUGGCUUCCUAUUGAGGAGAGACCCAUCUGGCCUUCUAGGUCUAACUUGAACAAGAAUGAACUUGCUCUUUAUGGAUUACACUCCGAAGAACUCAAUGAGGAUACCACAGACUCUAGAACAGCUGUUCGUAAUUACUGGUCACUGCUGUCACCCCUAAUAUUCUCGGAUCAUCCAAAGAGACCUGGUGACGAGGAUCCUUCUCCACCUUAUAACAUGCUCAGAAAUGUUCUAGAUAUGAAUGCUCGUUAUGGUGGUUUAAAUGCUGCAUUACUGGAAGCAGGGAAGUCUGUCUGGGUUUUGAAUGUAGUCCCAACAAGUGGACCUAACUACCUUCCCCUCAUUCUUGACAGGGGCUAUGUUGGUGUAUUACAUGAUUGGUGUGAAGCAUUUCCAACAUAUCCUAGAACUUAUGACAUGGUCCACGCAGAUGGACUUCUAUCCCUUGAGACUAGUCAACAUCGGAGAUGCACCAUGCUUGAUCUAUUCACUGAGAUAGAUCGGUUGCUUCGUCCUGAGGGUUGGAUACUAAUCCGUGACGCCGCUCCUCUUGUUGAAUCAGCCAGAGCUCUAACGACACGGUUGAAGUGGGAUGCCAGAAUCAUAGAAAUUGAAAGUAACAGCGAUGAGAGGCUCCUUAUUUGUCAGAAACCUUUCUUCAAGAAGCAAGCAAUGUGAGAACAAUUUCUCCAUUAAACCCUAGUUUAUGUCUUGGUAUUCAAACUCCUGUGCAAGUUACCUAAUCAUCAUAAAGCUCCACCAUGGAAAGAGGAAUACCAUAUAUUUUGAACAGAAAGAAGCAAGAAAAAAAUGAACCAAUGGUGACAACAACUCCUAUGGAGCCGUAAGGCGAACAUAGGGCCUUGUAAUUACUCGAUUGAGGUACCAUUGCAAGUGAGAACUAUAGGGUGAGAUUUUAAAAAUUUUCAUGUUUACGUCUCAUUAUGAUUAUACAAACACAUGAUUAAGAUUGUGAAAGAUGAUUUACAGAAUAAGCAAGUGCUGUUAGCUGUGCAGUAUAGAAAACAAAAAAAAAAAAAAAAGAAAAAGAAAAAAGGAGGGAUUUCUUGACAGUGUCAUUUAUGAUGAAGUUUUUUAUUCUUCAUUUUAUUAUUCUCUAUGAUACCAUUUAUAUUCAAUGAAGGAAACUCAUACUGAAUAGUUUUUAUUCA